GGGAGCAAGAACGAGUUGCAACGGCGGGAGCAGGUGGAGAGACCGUCCCGCCGCACUCAUGGUGCCCGGUCCCUUCCCUGCAGCCCUGCGCCCGCCGCUCGCCAUCGCCCCGCAGCCCCCGGCUCGGACGGGCGGGCUGGUGGCUUCUGGGGAGCUGCAGCCUUCGGUCCAGACUCCCCACCGAUGGCUCUGAUCUCCUCUGCCGCCGCCUCAACCCACAGCCCGGGACCCUCAGCCUCUCCGCUGGGAGUGGGGAUGCUCGCCUUCCUCCUGGCAGGCCCUGCCAGCCACCUCGGAGCACUUUCCCAUCAUGUGUCCCUGCCUCGCCGGGUCAGCGAGCCCUCUUAGUCGGUGAAAACUCCCCCUGUUUCACCGGUAUCCUCCGGGGCUGCUGUCUCUUUGCCUUUCUGGUCUUCACCCACCCUAUUCCUCGGCCACAUCCUAUUCAGACCUCACUCUUGGCUUGUCCUGCCCCUUUGGAAGCUUCGAGAAGGGUGGGCAGCUUCACGUGGAGCUACAGGCAGAGGUUGUCUUUGUUCAGUAGAACACCAGCUGCAGCAGGAACAACUUGGGAGCCAUGGGCCGUCGGCUCACCCGUGGUCUCUCUGGAGCCGCAGUCUUCCUUGUCAGCGUGGCUCUCCUCUCCAUGCGGCACCACGGGGCUCAGGAAACAGCUCAGUACCCGGGGCUCCGGGAGGGGACGUCGGAGAAGGCAGAGCAACGGAGCAAAGUGAGCCCAGAUGGAGUCGGUGGCAGGGGGCAGAAGGACCUGCAAGUCCAUCCUCCGGAGGGGUACAGGACCGAGGGAAGCCUGACGCUUGAGGAUGUUUUCAUAGCUGUGAAGACAACCAAGAGGUUUCACCAGAGCAGGAUGGAGCUGCUCCUGGACACGUGGAUAUCCCGGGCCAGAGAGCAGACCUACGUCUUCACCGAUGAAGAAGACGAUGCCCUGAAAAGGAGAAUGGGUGACCACGCAAUCUUCACUAACUGCUCUGCUGAGCACAGCCAUCUGGCCCUCUCCUGCAAGAUGGCUGCUGAGUUUGACACCUUCAUGGCCAGCGACCGGAGCUGGUUUUGCCAUUUGGAUGAUGACAACUACCUGAACCCUCAGGCCCUCCUGAAGCUCUUGUCCUCCUACUCUGUGACGUGGGAUGUUUACUUGGGGAAACCCAGCCUCAACAGACCCAUUCGGGCCUCCGAAAUGCUGCCAAACAACCAGACGAAGUCUGUGCGCUUCUGGUUUGCCACAGGAGGGGCUGGGUUCUGCAUCAGCCGCAACCUGGCAAGCAAGAUGGUGCCGUGGGCCAGUGGCAGGAGCUUCCUGAGCACUUCCGAGCUCAUCCGCCUCCCAGACGACUGCACCAUGGGUUACAUCAUUGAGUGUAAAGUUGGCGGGCAGCUGCUGCCCAAUGCGCUCUUCCACUCCCACCUGGAAAACCUGCAGCUCAUCCCCCCGUCUCGGCUCACGCAGCAGGUCACCCUCAGCUACGGUGUCUUUGAGAACAAGCUCAAUGUUAUUGAACUCAGUGGCCCCUUCUCACCCCAAGAGGAUCCCUCAAGCAGGUUUCGAUCACUCCACUGCCAUCUCUAUCCCGACACCUCCUGGUGCCUGCAGGCUCUUGGCUGGUGAUGCCUGAGCCUCAGCUACAGUGGGUCCUGGUGACACCCAUUCACCCUGUGCAUGUAGGGGGGGGACGCUGAAGAAGCUCAGUGUUCCCGAUUUCCCCUUUUCUAUGGUGGUCCUGCGCUGUGUGAUGGCUUUUUUCAUCCUCGCUGAAUACUGGUGACACAGGACAAAAAACCAAGAUCUGCACCAAAGAUGGAUAACACAGGCUGGACACGUGAACGGAUUUCCCAUCUGUGCUGGGAUACGUGCAAAGGAUGGGAGAAAUAUGCCUUCCUGAGCAGAUCAAGGACUGGGUAGUGACUGCUGGGCAUCUGGGUAGAGAUGGGGACCUGCAGCUGCUCCUCGCUCUGAAUUCAUCUUGCUGGACUAGAAGGACCCUGGGAAUGGGUAACCAGUGCUCAACUGAGAAUGGCCGAUAGUGUGUUGUGGCUCCAGCCUCUCUGAGCAAGCUCCCUUCUUCCAUAUCUGCUUGUGCUUUCCCCACCACCCACUCUUCCCAGCCACAGACCCUUGGCUGAAUCUCUGCUUAGUCAAGGUCUACAGAAAUGGAAAAUAUGACCAUUUCUGUGCUGAAUGGGUGCUGGAAAAGCGUAGUUCUUGCUCAGCAGAGGGGAGAUGGGCAGGAAGUACAAAGAAUCAGGAAUUCCCCCCUCUGCCACGACAAAGGAGAGGGUGUGGGGUGAGGGAGCUGGGAGGAGACAGACCGAGAUGAGGAUGGUUCCUGCACUGAGCAUUGAAGACUUGAUCUUGUAUGGCACUGCAUUUUUGCUGUCUUUUUACCUUCUUGAUAUGGGGUCAGGAUAAUCUCUUGCUCUAAUUACCAACCUGUCGUCUGAGAUUAGACUCCAGCUCCUACCUGUGAGAGACAAGACAUAAAGGAUUAGAAUUGGCUGAAAGAAAGGAGAAAGGAAGAGAUGGAGAAGGAGCACUCAGGAGCGAAUUAAAGGUUACAGCUUUAUAAUCUUCUCUGUGCCCCAACCAAAAAAAAUUAAGUCAUGAAGGAAUGGAAACAGCAAGGCAAAAUGCUUUUUAUCUCUGUGCUUCUUUAGUUCGGAUGCUAAGAGCAGCUUUCUGCCUUCCUGCUGUCCCUGCUGAGCGCAAGAGGGGGAAGGAGCAGGCCCAAAUAGGUUACAAGCUUUCUGGGAUGUUUGUGGAGAGUCCUUUUCUCAGUGCAGAGCCUGGCAUGAAAGCUGGGCAAUUCUUCUUGCUGAGGAAUGAACUUUGGCACCAUUUUGUCCUUGUACACAUGGUUAAAUGGCUGGGGGAGAGUGUUGCAGGGAAAGCUGGAAGGCAAAGAGGCUGUUUUAAAUGGCAGGUGGUGCUACAAACAGGUAUUUCUCUUUAAAGAGCAUUUCAAAACACACUGCUGGGAUCUGUGAAAGAUGCCUAUAAUCUCCAGAUGAAAGGACGGAUGCCCUUUCUCCGAAGAGCUGCUCAGCUUUGAUGCUGCUGAUGUGACUAAGCCUGCUGCUGGUGGGCUGGAAGAGCCAAGGCGACUAUCACUGUGCCCCUACCGUUUUGAAAACUGGCCACCCUGUCACCUCCUCCCACCCCCCACCCCCUCCAGCACCAGCACCUCCUACACAGCGCACGAGGUUUAAAGGAAAGUUGUCAGAAAGACCUUUCCACCUCUGCAAAGGGGGAUCUAGAAAUGAAUGAGCACUUUAAUUUCUGGAGAAGCAUAAAGCAGGAGACUGUAGAGCUGUUUUCCAGCCUGGUCAUUCUUACCAGCAUUUAACCAGCUUGUGAAGCAGCAGAGAGCCCUGCUUUCUUCUCUUGCACAACAUACCUUUGAACUGGAAAUUCAUCCUGAGCAGAGACUGGGGCUAGCUGAUGCCAAUGACCAUUACUUCAGUCAUACAAAGCACUUGGCUCACACAGCUACAUGAACCUAGGAAACAUGUGGCUCAAAACAGAGACACUCAACUAUUGGAAGACAGGAGCAGCGUAAAGUCCUGCUCCACAGGGCAAACAGUUUGGUUUGAACUCAACCGUAAGAUGAAAAAUGCUUCCGUGAGAGAAAAUGAGAGUCUUCAAGAGAUGUCUACGCUACCUGGAUAUCUUCUUCUUUUUCCCCAUUCAAGCUUUCAGGUGUUGUUCAUUGAGACUUUGAGUUAAAAUUCCAGAACUAUCUGUAGAUGUCCUCAUGACAGUCAAAGCAAAAUGCAAUACAUGUGCCCGGAGGAAGAGAAGAAACUGGUACAGCAGCUUCACUUCCCUAGGGAAAAGCAAAACAGAGAAAUUGGAAGCCUGCUGUGGUUCAUGGCCUCAGCUGAUCUGAAUUGACCUGGUGACUUUUGCAUGGCUGAAGAACAGAUGUUAAAUGAGUAGAGUACUUGAGUGGCUGCAUGGGGACUGGUUUAAGACAUCUUUGUUGCUAGAGCAGCUAAGUGCCACUUCUGUGGAAAAUGUCUUGUCUCAUAAGGGAACCAAGAACAGAUGAGAAGAUGUCUCAGGCAGGGCAUCUCUUGGGCUGUAGAGAAACAAAUGACAGAAAAGUGCUGUUAUGCCUGUGACGACAAUGCGCUGGAAAGAAAAUAGCUUCUCGGAGUUGACAAAAGAACUCAGGUUUUCUCUAAGAACAGAGAGACAGCUUAAGGGAACAUUCACCACAUGAAAUCUGAUCAACAUUAAAACCUGAGUUAAAAUUAGUUUCAGGAAUGAUUCCUGCCUCUGGGGCUUGCUGUCAGAUGUUGUGGUUUUACAGUCUCAUUUUCCUAGUUUAUUAAAAUGUUUAGCUGCUUGGUAAAAUGAGAAA